AUGUCUCUCUCGUCAAAGUCAUCAUGCUCCGACUCCUCCUGGCCGUCCGACGUCCUCGACGCCGAGAAGCAGCGGAUCGUCCAGAAAAAGAAGGAGCAACUUUUUGCAUUAUUGGAGGAGGAGCCGGAGAUGCAUCAUUUAUACAGUUCGGACUGCGAUGUCUUGCGGAGUCGAGCAACCCUCGGCAUUUCCCAGAUCCAAAUCCCGCUCGCCUGGAAUGGCGAGCAACAUUUCAAGCAAAAAGGAGAAAGCCGGACCUAUUCCAUGUUUUAUACGGUCCAAACGAAGUCCGGGUUGUUUGAGAGCAAGAUAAUUGCCAAUAUCAAUCGCCUUGAUACGGAUGUGGCGUUUCCGGAAUCGUUUGUUUUCCAAAACGAGCCCGACGAUUUUUGCAUCGAGCUGUGCGUGUAUGCGGCGAGAACGGACGCCGGAAAUGAUAAUUCCGGGAGUCUGCGGCAGCGGAUAAGCAGAAGUUUUGGCAAGAAGUUUGGCCUGCAAGUGAAAUCGCAGCUCCAAGACCAAAGGCGGCAGAUCCCGGAAACGAUUGGAGGGAGUCAUUUUAAUUUGAUUGCUCGGUGCCUGUUCGUCUUAACGGAUGCCAGUGAAGAUUGCAAAAUUCAUGAUCUCAAAGUGUCGGCUUUUGCCGAUCUUGCCGGCCCACCCCUCUACGGGCAUGUCCUUUGUCGCCUCGUCUGUUUGCCCCAUUCAGUUUUGCAUCCCUUGGCAGACGGAAUUUUGACGGUACGCCCCAAGCAUAGCGACAGCGUUUUUCAACACGUUCGCUGCCGAUUGCAGGCUGGUGUUCUACGGUGCUUUGUAAAUAAUGACGUCCGGCUGAAACCUGAAAAUGAGCAAACCCUACAUCGAAUUGUCAUCACCCCAGGUUCCCGCGUGACCCCGUGUAAUUUGGACGAUUCGGUGGUGCUGCUGAUCGAGCCGACGACAGACAGCCCAAUGUUGCAAUACAUUUUGACCAGCGACUCAAAACACAUUGCCGACAGUUGGGCCAAGGCCAUUGAGCAUCAGCUGAAUGAUGCGAUCAUCUGGGGCGAGUUUGCCUACGUGCACACGAGACUCUCGCUGAAUCGACCGAGGGAAGUGAUCGACGGGACGAUCCCGAGGGACAGAUCCUCAAGGCUCUAUGAUACAAUUAAUAUUAGUGGAUCGCUAAGCAAGGCUUUCAUGGGCUCCACUGGCUACAACUCUGGACUCCCGAUCGGUCUCCGAAAAGCUCUCGCCGAUCAGAAUGGGGGUGCUCGAACGGCUCCUGCACCCAAGAAGAACCGAAUCCGGACGAACGUCAAAGAAAUCUUUAAGGUGGGC